AUGAACGCAGAACAGAGAAUCAUGCAGGAGCGAGAAAACUGGAGAAAAGACAGGCCGCUUGGGUUUGUGGCCAAGCCUUUGACGAACGCAGACAAAACCCUAGACCUGUUCAGAUGGCACUGCAGCAUGCCGGGCCCAGAGUCUUCUCCUUUUGCAGGACACACCCUCUCUCUGCUUGUUGAGUUUUUUGCCACGUAUCCUGCAAGCGCCCCGCAGGUGAAAUUUAUAACAAAGGUCUUCCACCCAAACGUGUAUGCAGACGGGUUUGUGUGUCUGGACAUUCUUGCGAGCGAGUGGUCCCCCUCUCUGAACAUAAAGACAAUUCUGCUGGCCGUCCACGCCCUUUUGGAGGAGCCAAACAUAGACUCGCCAGCAAACGAGGAGGCAGCCAGCCUAUACGUAGAAAGGCCCGAGAAGUACAUCCGGCUGGCCAUCAAGGCGCUUGCGCAGAAAAAGCCGAAGCCACGCGCCUAG